CUCUCUCGGUCGAAUUUACAGCGUCUCCGCGUCAACGGGAGCAAGUCUCGUGGGCCUCGAUCAGCUCCUCUCUCCUUUUUCAUCCUUUUGAGCACCAGCUGGGGAUCGUUGAGUCGGUUGAUUUCGAUCGAACUUAGAGAAUGGCAGGGAAGGAGAUCUUGCAGAAGAUCAAAGCUAAAGCAGGGUUUGGUUCUUCAUCAGAGACUGGGAGAGGGAAAGCCAAAAUCUGUGGGAAGAGCAUCCGACAUGGCUACCACAUGGUGAAGGGGAAAUCAAACCAUCCAAUGGAAGACUAUUUGGUGGCUGAAUUCAAAAAAGUUGGUGAAUAUGAACUAGGUUUAUUUGCAAUUUUCGAUGGCCACUUGGGUCAAAAUGUUGCAGAUUAUCUCCGAGCUAAUCUUUUCGAAAACAUAUUGAAUGAGCCGGAUUUUUGGACUGAUAUAGAAAGUGCAAUCAAGAAAGCAUAUGAGAGAACAGACACGAAAAUACUGGAAAAACAAGCUGAAUUGGGUAGAGGCGGUUCUACAGCAGUUACGGCUAUACUAAUUGAUGGUGUGAGCCUUGUGGUAGCCAAUAUUGGAGACUCACGAGCAGUUAUUUCCAAGAACGGUGUUGCUAUCCAACUUUCCAUUGAUCAUGAACCAAGCAGGGAGCGACAUUUGAUCGAGGAAAAGGGUGGUUUUGUGACAAGUUUUCCAGGAGAUGUACCACGGGUGGAUGGACGGCUGGCUGUAGCACGGGCAUUUGGAGAUAGGAGCUUGAAGGCACAUCUCACUUCGGAGCCUGACGUGGCUGAUGAAAUCAUCGACGAAGAUGCAGAGUUUCUAAUCCUUGCAAGUGAUGGACUAUGGAAGGUGAUGUCCAACCAAGAAGCAGUUGAUUUCAUGAAAGACAUAAAGGAUCCUCAAACAGCUGCUAGAAGUCUGACUGAGGAGGCCGUUGCAAGGAAGAGCAGAGAUGAUAUUUCUUGCAUCGUAGUGAAAUUUAACUAGCUAAGAUCCUCCCGAAAUCGGUAUAGCAGAACUCCUGUAACAUUAUUAAUCUUUGACGGAAUGCAGUUUGCUUGUUUUGUGAAACUCCAUCGGACUUGCAGGUUGUUGAA